GUAGGGAGGGCGGAAGAUCGGGGAGGUGGGGAAGCAGAGGAGGUGGCGGUCCGGAGUCUAGGCGACGGGGCGUGACGGGGCUGGAAGGUGGAGGGAGGGGGCCGGGCAGGAGCCGGCCGGAGGGCCAGGCCUGGAGGCCCCCACCCUGGCGUGCCCGUGCCGGCCGCGAAUGAGGAGGAGGAGGAGGAGGAUGGUCUCCAGAUACACUCGGAAGGCGGUGCCACAGGGCUUGGAGCUGAAAGGAAUAACAAAAUAUGCUCUUAAUCAUCAUCCCCUUCCAGAGCAGCUGGAUGAAAUUUCUUCUACCAAUGACAGCCAUGAAAAAGAUACAAGUUCCCAAAGUGAGUCUGACAUCACACAAGAAUCACCUUUUACAUCAACUGACACUGGGGAUUCAAGGUCUGCUUUUCCAAGUUAUACAGGCACAGGGAUCUCUACUGAAGGCAGCUCGGACUUCUCCUGGGGAUAUGGUAAACUUGAUCAAAAUGCCACUGAAAAAGUCCAGGCAAUGUUUAUAGCCAUUGACGAGCUCUUGUAUGAGCAGAAGUUGAGCAUACACACCAAGAGUCUACAAGAAGAGUGCCAACAGUGGACCUGUAGUUUCCCUCAUCUCAGGAUUUUGGGUAAACAGAUAAUCGCUCCAAGUGAAGGUUAUGAACUGUACCCUAGAUCUCCUUCUGCUAUUUCAGCUUCACAUGAGGCAACAUUGUCUCAAGAAAGAGAUUCUACUAUAUUUGGUAUUAGGGGAAAGAAGUUACAUUUCUCAACUUCUUAUGUUCAUAAAGCAUCUUCCAUUGCCAAACCCCCUAGCUUGUGUUCUAUGGAAAAAGAAGAGGAAGACUGUGUAAUUCUCUCUGAAGGAGUAAUAGAGGAAUACUUAGCAUUCGACCACACGGAUAUGGAAGAGGAGUUUCAUGGAAAGAAAUCAGAAGCAGCUACAGAGAAACAGAAAUUAGGGUACCCUCCCAUUGCUCCAUUUUCCUGCAUGAAAGAGGAUGUCCUUGCUUAUGUGUUCGAUGAAGUGUGGAGCAAGGUCCUGAGCUGUAUGGAGCAGUUGACACGCAGUCACUGGGAGGGAUUUGCUUCUGAUGAUGAGAGUAAUGUUGCAGUCACCAAAUCGGCUCCAGAAAGCCCCUGUCUGCUGAGUGAACCACAACCUUUGGUCUUACCUCGAGUGCCACAGUCUAAGGUGCUGUCCAUCACCUCAAAUCCGAUGACUCUCUGUCAAGCAACAGGUGGUCAUCAGCCAAAUGUCAAUGGUCUCUUGGUUCAUGGGAUGCCUCUACAGCCAAGAAAUCUCUCCCUAAUGGACAAACUCCUAGAUCUCGAUGACAAGCUACUUAUGAGGCCUGGGUCCAGUACCAUCUUUUCAACCCGAAACUGGUCAAAUCGAGCCCUAGAGCUUUGUACAUCAUCUCUGUCAUAUACAGUGCAGUCCGCCAGGAGACGCAAUCCCCCACCACGUACCCUUCAUCCUAUCAGCACAAGCCGUUCACAAGCUGGAACUCCAAGACCUGUGGAAGAGAUCUUCAGAGGAUCCCGAGUCCCCGUGGCAGCCAACUACCUCUCUUCUCCCUCACCAAUGCCCCUGAGUCGAAAUAAUUUGCUGCCACCUAUUGGCACAGCUGAAGAAGAACACAUGAGCUCUGUGGGGACACAAAGGCAAACGAAAACCCAUGGUGAUUCCAAUCGAGCUCGAAGUGCGGUGGUGAAUGAGCCUAAACAUCAGCAGCCCCAGGAGAGGCUCCUUUUACCUGACUUUUUCUCCAGGCCCAAUACAACACAGUCAUUUUUGCCGGACACGCAGUAUCGUCAUUCAUGUGCUGUUGAGUAUCCUCAUCGGGCCCGACCUGGUAGGGGAUAUGGAGGGACAGGUUCUCAAUCACAUGGGUCUACAAAAACUCAAAACAGAAGUGGACCAGGCUCUAGAACAAGGCAGGGACCUUAGAGCAAAUGAGAAGAACCUCUUUCAGGCUACAGGGAACACGUGGGAAGACUUCAUAAAUCACUGUUCACUCAUCGUGUGAUGCAGUCUGUUUUCAAGAGACAACUUGAAGCUAUCUUCAUGAAGAGUUAUUUUGGUAAAACUGACUGAGAAAACAUAGUAUCUGCCAAAGAUUAUAUGGGUACUAUUUCUAUCCCCAGUUACUGUCUUCUUUCAGCAUUAAGUUAAACUAUUCCACUAGACAGUAAAGUUUUGUACCCAAAAAGAAUAACUACUCCCAAGUCACUGCUCAUGUUGUCUGUUAACAAUGAACAGUUCAAUUAUUAUAGGAUUCUCUGCAACUACACAUACACAGAAAACAGCAAAUGAUAACAUUAAGCUGUCACUGGCAUUAUAAUACUGCUUAUAUUAAUUUCUGGAGAGUUGUACUCAGUUUUGAAUCAUUUUUAGGAGACAGGACUGACAAAUUUUGAGCUACUCAUCAAACAGAUGUCAUUCCUAAAGCUUUCUCUUUACAUGUCCAAUCCCAUAAGCAGAAAGAUAUGGAAGGGUUAAUUAAAAACAAAAAUGUUGAACACUAGUGUAAAGUAGCGUAUGUAAUAAAUUGUAAUGCAUAUUACUUUUUUCAGAUAGGACAGCUCAACCUCACAAUGCCUACUUAAUAUCAGGUUAUGCUUCUUUCUUAAAGUAAUUUAGUGGUCACAUUUUUUUUCAAACAUUAAACUCAACUUGCCAGAAUUUCUCCUGUAGUUCAAAAAGUCAAUUAAAAAAUGUAUAGAAUCUUUCUGUUAGUGAGCCAGCAAGACACAGUUCCCUAAAAUUUCAGACACCUGGUGAUUAUUCCAGUAUCAACAUAUCCUAAGAGCAGAAGUAGAGAACUUCGGCAUUCUUUUCAUUUUACCACAGAUCUUUUCCUGAGUGUACUCAUGAAUGCAGCAAUGGUUUUAACUAUGGCUUAAAUUUAUUUUAUUUAAAUUUCAUUGAACUUUAGUUUUGAUGAUCAUACCAUUUUUUUAUCUUAUUGUUAAUCUUCAGAGGGAUAAAUUCAAGUGAUCAUAAAUUGGGGUAAUUUUUUUUAUAUCAAAGUGUUCUAAUGCUAUUAUAUGAAGAAAGAUGCUUCAAACAAUCUGCAUUAAAUUAUAUUUUAAUACAAUUAAAGAGUAUUUUUUAACCUUGUUUAUAAUCACAAA